AUGUCUUCCCAAUACAAUACCGAGCCUCCUGCUACCGCUUCCGUUACCCUCAACACCACCAUCGGUCCCCUCCACAUCGCUCUCUUCGCCAAACAAACACCUCUCGCGUGCAAGAACUUUAUCCAACACUGUCUCGACAGCUACUACACCGGCACCGUCUUCCACCGCGUCGUUCCUGGGUUUGUAAUCCAGGGAGGCGAUCCUACUGGCACUGGAUCCGGAGGUUCGUCGAUUUACGAGGACCCAGAAUUCGAAUACGAUCCGGAAGCGCGCGAUCCCAAUGAGAAAGUCGUCUUUGGCGAUGAGAUUCACAGUCGGCUCCGGUUUAACCGGCGCGGGCUGGUGGGGAUGGCCAAGAGUGAAGAUGGGACAUAUGGCAGCCAGUUCUUUAUCACUCUGGGUAAUACGGAGAGAGAAAUGAAUGGAAAGUGCACAAUGUUUGGACGCAUCGAAGGCGAUAGCAUCUACAACGUUGUCAAGAUUGCCGAGGCAGAAUUGGUAGAAGGCACGGAGAGACCGGUUUUUGCAGUCAAGGUCACAGGAUGCGAGGUCGGAGAGAUGGGCCAGUUCACCGACAAAUUGAAAAAGAGGGACAAAAUCGCGAGGGCAAUUGAGCAGCCAAAGGAUGAAAAGGUCACGAUCAAGAAGAAGAAAAAAGCAAAAGGCGCAAAGACGCUGCUCAGCUUUGGAGCCGACGAGGGAGAGGAUGGUGAAGGAGACGAAGGCCUAGCUGCAUUGAGGACAAAAAAACCAAAGUUCAAUACAAAGCUAGUCUCUGCGGGGGAGACGUUGGAUAUGGAACCACAAACAGCACCUAAAACAGAAAAACAGCCUAAAAAGCGAAGACAUUCGCCGUCUCCACCGCCAAAACAGCCAGCUGAUAAUCGAAGAACCCGCCCGAAAACUCCAGACCCCUAUGCACAGGUCCCUCCGAAAGACCCCGAAGAGCCUGAAAGGUCUCCAUCAGAAACCCGGCCGCCUGCUGCUAGACCCUCAAUCCUGGAGCGAACAGAAGCGGAAAUUGCAUCACUCAAGGCGUCGAUGCGCCGAAACGUCACGACACAAGCCGACACCGGCAGGAAGAAGUCUGCACUUGAAGCUAUGAUCCCAGAAACAUCUAUUCGAGGACGAAAGCGACCUCCACCAGGUAGUACGGGGGCCAAUGGAGGCAAACCUGGUCGUGGUGGUAUUACUGGAGAGGGCUACAGCACCGGAGCCGAUGCUGAAACUCUGAAGCUAUUCAACGCGUUCAAAGCGAAGCUUGAAAGCUCGGAUUCUCAAAGUCUUAAAAACAACAAAUCAAAGGUACCUACGGAAGUCUCCCGUGAAAAUACAAAACCAUCCAACGACGCUGUCGAUGAUGAAGAGGCUGAAACAUGCGACUUACAUUUUAUCGUAAACUGUCAGUCUUGUAAACAAUGGGCGGAAAACCCAGAGGGUGACAAUACGGAUUCCCAUGACCAGCAGGAUGAGAACGCCGGGGACUGGAUGUCUCAUCGUCUGCAGUUUGGCAAGGAUAUGCUAGGCAAGGAUUUGAAUUGGAAGAAAGAACAUAAGGAUAAUUCGGACUCUCUAAUGGUGAUUGACCCGAGGGAAAAAGAGAAGGAGUAUGUGCAUCGUGGAGGUGGGAAGAGUAGAAAGACUGGGAGGGAUCGGGAGAGAGAACAGAAGAGAGAUAGAGCUGGAGAAAGAGAAUGGGACCGACGGUAA